GCCCCAGGCCCUCCUUUCUGCUUCCGCUUCCGGCCCUGCCGCGGUCCUGGUCAAAGAUGGCGGCGGGGGCUGUGUCCCGGCUUUCCAGGCUGCUGGGUCAGUCCCGGCCACCGCGGGGGCGGCCUAUGUCGAGCGGCUCCCACGGCGAGGAAGGCUCAGCUCGCAUGUGGAAGGCCCUCACCUUCUUCGUGGCGCUGCCCGGGGUGGGAGUGAGCAUGCUGAACGUCUUCCUGAAGGCGCAGCACGGAGAGCACGAGAGGCCCGACUUCGUCCCCUACCCGCAUCUCCGCAUCAGGUCCAAGCCCUUUCCCUGGGGAGAUGGUAACCACAGUCUAUUCCAUAACCCUCAUGUGAAUCCGCUGCCAACCGGCUAUGAAGACGAAUAAAGAGAAUCUGGACCAGUAUUCAGUUCAAGCCUGGGAGACCACAGCACUAGUUUGGACCAUUACUCUGCAUACGGACCAAAAAAGUGUAUGGGACCUUAGCUCACCUUCUUUACUUGUAUCAAUCUCUAACCAGGAUACUGAUCUUCCAUCCAUGCUUGUGGCAGGAGAUGGCUUAAAUAAAUAACUCAGAAUGGU